AUGAAUGACGAUUUAUUGGAUAACUAUAAUCCAUUGUACGAUGUACAUUUGCGCCAAUAUUUUGCAAUGCCGCAUAUGCAACGUCAUCUAAGGAAUAUUGGCUUGCUGGAUGAUAUCAGAAAUGGUGAAAAUGAAGAUAACAGAGAUAGUAAUAAACAGCGUCACACAAUGAUCGAUAAAAUGCUACGAAAUCGUGAAGCUGAAUUGCAGAAAUAUGCCGACUUGCAGCGCAAGUUGCAUGCAGCGGAAAAAAUUGAAAUCUGCCGUAGGAUAAGAAGUGGUACAGCAAGUCCAAGUGAUUGUCAUCGAGCAAAACCUUCUCGUAGUCUCAGUCGAGGGCGUUAUAUCAAAAGAUCAAGAAGGCGACGAUCAUCAGCUAGUAUUGAUGAUAAAAAUUUGGUACAAAAAAUUGAAGCAGAAAAUGAGGAACCAAUGUAUGAAAAUCCAUCGUUGGUUUAUAAUAGACUAUCAACAAAUAUACUCAAAUAUCGAUAUUUGCAUAAGUUGGAUGACGAAACAUUAGCUCUAUACAUGCAACAACUACGACGACAAUUGAGCCGUUUGGAACGUUUCCGCCAAGUUUCAUUUGGUCCAUUCUCGGUUGCACGACAUCAAAAUGAUCCUCAAGUGUCCUGGUUCUUCAGGCGCAGGUCACUACCCAGUUUGACCGAUCCUACGUCUACCAAUACUACCAAUACUACCACUACUAUUACAUCUUCUACCACACAAACCAAUAUUUAUGAACAACCAUCUUUGAGAAGUAUUCAAUCAUUAAAUCAACAUCGUAGUCGUUCAACUAAACCACAAUCAUCGAGAAGUGGUAUAACUGAUAAUUCAUAUGUUAACAACCGUUUACAAUCAAAACGACAACGUAGUACUGAUAAUAACACUCGCUUAUCAGUAACUUUAUCAAAUGGAAAAAGUAGUGGUGCAUCAGAUAUUAUCAAAACAUCGCGCGCAAAAAAGACAACAACGCCAGGAAAAAAAAUUGCGCAAAAAAAGACAAUAACGCCAACGCCAACAACAACGCCAACAACAUUAACAGGACAUAAAUUAUUAGAAGUAGAUGAUGAAAGAAUGAAAUCAAAAACUGAUCCGGAAUUAGGAAAUGAUACUGAGUUGAAGACAACAAUGGAAAUUAUUGAACAUAGAAGUGACGAAUCAGCAUUAAAUUAUGAUGAUGAAAGAGAAAUGUAUUCCGGUAUUACAUCACCGGAAAGUAUUGAUUUAAAAAUUGAAAAUGGAGCAAUAUCAGCAAAAUCACUUUCACCAAUGAAUAAUUUUUCAACACUAUCAAUAAAUGAUGAACAGAAAAUUCAAUCGACUGUAUCACAACAACUGAUUACGGAAUCAGAAGCAAAAUUUGAGCAAUUAGAAAUUAAACAUUUGGAAAGUUCAAAUUUAUCAUUUGAUGAUUUAUCAACAGAAAUUUCAAAGAAGACAGAAUUUGAAAUAGCUGAUCAAUCAUCAGUUGAUGCUUCAUCUGUUAUUUCAAAAUGGAAAAGAACGGAUGAUGAAGUUGAAAAUUUGAUGAUGAGUCAUCGAACAUCAAUUGAUUCCAUACCAAAUGAUAGUGAUUCACAGGAAAUGAUAUUAUCCGAUGAGAUUGAUGAUGAUGAUGAUGCUGAUGAUGGUGAUCAAUGUUUAGCUAAAAUUGGAAUGAAAAUGGAAAAGAAGGCAAAACAAUUAGCUAGAGGUCAAAGUUCAAUUGAUCAAACAAAAAUUACACAAAUUGAUAGUAAACAAAAUCAAUCAAUUUAUCAUUCAGAUGAAAGAUUAGAUAAAUUAUCAUCAGUGGAUGAUAAAAUGAUAAAUGAAAAUUUUGAAAAAUUUAAUGAAAUUAUUUCAUCACCAGCACGAAUGAACAUUUUAAAAUCGGAAUCGGAAUUGCACACGGAUAAACAAUCGGAAAUUGAUAAUACUAAAAACAUAUUGAAAUACCUGAAAUAA